AUGAGAAAUGGCGACAAAAGGGUGACAUUUGAGUAUCAGGAUUUGAUAUUGUUUCGCACUCAGCGUGUGAAGACGUUGUCAGAUUUGAAGAGUUUGAUAUUGAGCAAGCUCGGUGGUACACAAGCGAGGGAGAUAGGUAGGGUGGGGUAUAGGUUGCUGUCACCCAUGGGAAAUGGAGUGUUCCGGUUUCGACUAUUUCGACUUCAAGGGGACGAGCAUGUGCGACUAAUGUUCGACAUUCAUGGGAGGAUCAUGGUAGAACAGGUAAUGGAGUUGUCCGUCGAGGUGGGUCACGGUGGUAGUGGUGGUUCCGUACACGAAAUCUAUGUGCAGGACGAUCGACCUCUCGCACCACCGCCCAUUCAUGUCGUCAUUCCGGAGCAUGAGGCAGAGGAGGGUGAGGAGGAGUCGGACGAAGAUUACGUAGCAGACAGUGCGGACAGUGAGUCGUCCGAUGGUGGCGAUGAGGACAAGUUUGUGCCAGAGACACCUGUCGGGGCUGUGGCGCGUCAUGUGCUGCCUCCACCUCACCCGAUUCCAGCGCUAUCGGCAGUGCCAAGUCACUAUCACAGUCUAGAUCUGGACGCCAUGCAUGAGAGGACCCCGGUUUCUGACAUCUGUGAAGCGGAUUACAACCUAGACGGCGGUGUAGAGUUUUGGGUCGGCCACAGGUUCAGUAGCCGAGAGGCGGUGCUUCAAGGUGUGAAGAACUACAGUAUUCGCAGGAGUGCUGAGUACCUGGUGAUCGAGUCCGACCGGUUAAAGUACCAUGUGCAGUGCCGUCAAGUCGGCAAUGGGUGUCAAUGGAGCCUCCGUGUGGCCCUUCGUCAGAAUCUCAGAUACUGGGAGGUUCAGAGGUUUCGUAGACUGCAUAGCUGUCUAGCACCCACCAUGUCUCAAGACCAUCGUCAGUUAGAUAGAAAUUUCAUCUGCAGGGUCAUAUUGCCCUUGAUUCAGUCCAACCCCUCUGUCAGUAUCCCAGUCUUGCAAGGUGCGAUCAAGGCAAGCUAUCACUUCAAACCUUCAUACAGAAAGGUGUGGAUGGCAAAGCAGAAGGAAAUUGCACGGAUCUACGGUGAUUGGGAAGAGUCGUACAACAAGGUGCCGAAGCUGCUUCAGGCACUACAGAGCUGUUUUUUUGGCACCAUUUGUGACUUACACAUCAAACCAUACUACGAUGGACACCUCAUGGUGCGCGACUGCUGCAUGUUCGACAAAGUAUUUUGGGCUUUUCCGUCAUGUGUCGAGACCUUCAAGCAUUGCAAGCCGUUUGUAUCCAUAGACGGCACGCAUCUGUAUGGCAGGUACGGUAGAGUGUUGCUUAUUGCGGUGUCGCAAGACGGGAACAACAACAUACUACCAAUUACUUUUGCCAUAGUUGAGUCCAAGAGCACCGAGUCAUGGUCGUUCUUCCUUACUAAUUUGAGGCGCCACGUUACCCCACAAGACGGCUUGCUGGUUAUAUCUGACAGAUCUCAGGCCAUCAAGGCCGCCCUAAGCUCCGAUGAUAGUGGUUGGUAUCCCCUAGGGCGUUCCAUGCUUACUGUAUCAGACACAUGGCUGCGAAUUUCAUGA